GACGGUUGCCUUUGCACCCGUCGUUUUCAUCCUCCGGACACUUUCCAGCCAGAUUUACGCAGAAUACCAUGCCUGAUUCUACCGCCCCCGCGCCUCCGACCGAGGAGGUUGCCAAUUUGCACUUGGAUGAAGUAACGGGCGAGCGUGUGUCCAAGUCGGAGCUGAAGAAGCGCCAGAAGCAGCGCCAGAAGGAGGCCGAGAAGGCGGCCAAGGCGGCCAACGCACCUCCCAAGCCCUCGAGCAAGCCCAAGAACGUCGCGGGCGAGGAGGAGAAGGACCUCAACCCUAACCAGUACCACGAGAUCCGGUCCCGGCACAUCAACGAGCUGCUCAAGAACCCCGAGACCAACCCGUACCCGCACAAGUUCCAGGUCACGUAUGACGACUCCAAGUUCGUCGAGGAGUUUGGCCACCUCAAGUCGGGCGAGACUGCCGAAGACAAGGAAAUUCGGAUUGCGGGGCGCAUCUACAACAAGCGCGCUAGCGGCUCCAAGCUGAUCUUUUAUGACAUCCGCACCUCCGCCGACACGGUCAGCAUUGGCACACAGUUGCAGGUGGUCUGCCAGGCGCAGCUGGUCAAGGAGGGCAGCCCCUCGUUUGAGAAGCAGCACGAGAACAUUCGCCGCGGCGACAUCAUUGGCAUCAUCGGCUAUGCCGGCCGCACCAACCCCAAGAACCGGCUCGCUGAGGGCAAAGAGGGCGAGCUGUCGGUGUUUGCCACCGAAAUCGUGCUGCUCAGCCCGUGCUUGCAUAUGCUGCCCAGUGUGCGGUUCCCGUUCUCGGAUAGCGAACAGAGGGCCCGUAUGAGGUACCUGGACAUGCUUUGGAAUGACCGGACCCGCCAGGUUCUGUGGCAACGCAGCCGGAUGGUGCGAUUCAUCCGAGACUUCUUCCAUGAGCGUCGCUUCAUUGAGGUUGAGACCCCGAUGAUGCACGCCAUUGCCGGUGGCGCCACUGCUCUUCCGUUCAUCACGCAUCACAACGACCUGGACAUCGACAUGUACAUGAGAGUGGCUCCUGAGCUUUUCCUCAAGAAGAUGAUUGUCGGCCAGUUCGGCAAGGUCUUUGAGCUCGGAAAGAAUUUCCGCAACGAGGGCAUCGACCUGACGCACAACCCCGAGUUCACGUCCUGCGAGUUCUACUGGGCGUAUGCCGACGUUUACGACGUGAUGAAGCUGACUGAGGAGCUCGUCUCGUCGCUUGUCAAGGAGCUCACGGGCUCCUACAAGACCACGUUCACGACCCAGCACGGAGAGACGUACGAGAUCAACUGGGAGGCGCCGUGGCGCAAGGUUGAGAUGAUCCCCGAGCUUGAGAAGGCCACGGGCGAGAAGUUCCCCCCUUAUGAGGAGCUUCACACGGAGGAGACGAACCAGUUCCUGCAGAGACUCUGCAAGAAGAUGAACGUCGAGUGCCCGCCGCCGCUUACCAACGCCCGCAUGAUCGACAAGCUGACGGGCGAGUUCAUCGAGAGCACUUGCAUCAACCCGACCUUCAUCCUCGAACAUCCGCAGAUGAUGAGCCCCCUCGCCAAGUAUCAUCGGUCUAAGAAGGGUCUCUGUGAGAGAUUUGAGGCAUUCGUUUGCAAGAAGGAGAUUGCCAACGCGUACACCGAGUUGAACAAUCCGUUCGACCAGAGACUGCGUUUCGAAGAACAGGCCCGCCAGAAGGCUCAGGGCGAUGACGAGGCCCAAAUCAUUGACGAGAGCUUCCUCAACGCGCUGGAGUAUGGCCUGCCCCCAACUGGCGGUUGGGGCCUCGGUAUCGAUCGCCUUGCUAUGUUCAUCACGAACAACUAUUCGAUUCGGGAGGUCCUUCCCUUCCCGUUCCUGCGUGAGGAAAAGCAAGGCACCAAGGAGAAGUCUGCGGCCGAGUUGGUUGGUGUCCAGCCCCUUCCUGAGGAAGGCAUCCCGCAUAAAUAGACGAGGAUACCCCGGUGUGUGACCGAAAAGAAGAAAGCGUAGACGAUUUGUUAAGGAGAUCUGGGCUCUGUUUCUAGGUGUGCGGUUUGGUUGUUUACACACCACGGAGCAAGUCAGUAGAUAUGCGAUGGAAAACAGCUAGGCUUACGAGGAGCACGUAGUUCUUUAGUUGAUCAAGCCCAAUAACUGGAUCUACACUACACUACUCGUCGCGGCGUAUCUAAACGAAAAAAAAAAAAUCGGAGCAUGCUUUUCAUUGGGCCUGAAUGAGAUUGAC